AGCCAACAAGGUGUUCUCAAGCACCAUACAACAUAUCUCCAUAAACCUCUCACCUCCUUAUCCCCCAAUCUUCUUCUUCUUCUCCCCAAACCAUGGCGUCGUCUUCUUCUUCUACAAUCAUCAACAUCUCCUCCAUAUUCCACAAAAACCCAUCACUCGAACACCUCUCCAGAAAGCUCGGUACACCCGUCACCCCUCUUCACCAUAAAACCCAUUUCACAUCCAUAAAAGCAGCAGCUUCGUCUAGACCCAACCAAACUGGCGCCGGUGGUUCUGGCUUUGUGACGUCGGCCACUGCCACACCCAAUUCUAUAUUGAGUGAGAAGGCUUUCAAGGGGUUGGGUGUGUUUGAUGAAGACGAUUCUUCGGUUGAUGGUAGUGAUGGUGAUGAGUCUGAAACUGAAUUUUCAGUUGAUGGUGGUGGUGAUGGUGAUGAAUUGUUGAUUAGUAAAUUGGGUUUGCCUCAAAGGCUUGUUCAGUCUCUUGAGAAAAGAGAGAUUACCAGGCUGUUCCCAAUUCAAAGAGCCGUCUUGGUCCCUGCACUAGAAGGUAGAGAUAUUAUUGCGCGUGCCAAAACCGGAACAGGAAAGACACUAGCUUUCGGGAUUCCUAUAAUCAAAAGACUCACCGAAGACGAUGAAGAAAGAAUUUCUCCAAGGCGUGGUCAACGACUUCCGAGAGUUUUAGUACUUGCACCCACUAGAGAAUUAGCAAGGCAAGUAGAAACAGAGAUCAAAGAGUCCGCGCCGUAUUUGAGCACGGUUUGUGUGUAUGGCGGCGUUUCAUACUCUUCACAACAAAACGCUUUGUCUCGUGGGGUCGAUGUAGUGGUUGGCACACCUGGAAGACUUAUUGAUCUUAUCGGAAGUAAUAGCUUAAAGUUAGGAGAGGUUCAGUUCUUGGUUCUCGAUGAAGCUGAUCAAAUGCUUGCUGUCGGGUUUGAGGAAGACGUUGAACAUAUUUUGGAACAGCUUCCGUCAGAGAGACAGAGCAUGCUUUUCUCCGCAACUAUGCCUGGUUGGGUCAAGAAAUUAUCAAGAAAGUAUUUGAAUAAUCCGUUGACUAUUGAUUUGGUUGGUGAUCAAGAUGAAAAGCUAGCAGAGGGUAUCAAGCUAUAUGCUAUACCAACAACCUCAACUUCAAAGCGGACGAUACUUGGUGAUCUUGUCACGGUAUAUGCAAAGGGUGGGAAGACGAUUGUUUUUACUCAGACAAAAAGGGAUGCCGAUGAGGUGUCAAUAGCAUUGACUAAUAGUAUUACUUCGGAAGCAUUACACGGUGACAUAUCUCAACAUCAAAGAGAAAGAACACUGAACGGAUUCCGACAAGGAAAGUUCACCGUGCUUGUUGCUACUGAUGUUGCUUCUCGUGGCCUUGAUAUACCCAAUGUUGACUUAGUUAUCCACUAUGAACUUCCGAACGAUCCAGAAACUUUUGUACACCGAUCGGGUAGAACGGGGCGUGCAGGGAAGGAAGGCACAGCCAUAUUGAUGUUUACAAAUAGUCAAAGGAGAACAAUUAGAUCACUUGAGCGUGACGUUGGGUGCAAAUUUGACUUCAUAAGUCCUCCAGCUGUCGAAGAUGUACUGGAAUCUUCCGCUCAGCAAGUUGUCGCUACACUUGCCGGCGUUCAUCAGGAAUCUAUCGAGUUCUUCACUCCAACCGCACAAAAACUAAUUGAAGAACAGGGUGCAGGCGCUCUUGCUGCUGCUCUUGCACAGUUGAGCGGUUUCUCAAAGCCCCCAUCAUCGCGUUCUCUUAUCACACACGAGCAGGGAUGGACCACAUUGCAAUUGACUAGGGACCCUGCUCUAUCAAGAGGAUUCAUGUCAGCUAGAACCGUUACGGGAUUCUUGGCUGAUGUUUAUACAACUGCUGCCGAUGAACUGGGAAAAAUACAUAUUAUUGCAGAUGAAACGGUUCAAGGGGCGGUUUUUGAUCUUCCAGAAGAGAUAGCUAAAAACCUAUUAAACAAGGACUUGCCACCUGGCAAUACUAUUACCAAAAUUACAAAGUUGCCUGCAUUGCAAGACGAUGGUCCAGCAAGUGACUUUUACGGUAGGUUUUCAAACAGGGAGAGAAGUUCACGGGGAGCAGGCUCAAGAAGGGGUGGUGCACGUGGUGGUUGGGGUGGCGGCAGUCGGUUCUCGUCAGAUGAUGAAGGGGAUAGUUUCAGGCGAGGUGGUAGGAGUGGCGGCAGUAGUUGGUCCAGAGGCGGCUCUAGAAGUGGUGGUGGUGGUGGUGGAAGUGAUUGGUUAAUUGGUGAAAGACGGUCUUCACGCACUCCAUCUUUUGGGACCAGGGGAUCGGGCUCUUCAUCUCGGACUAGGGACCGGAACUUUGAUGGUGCAUGCUUCCACUGUGGACGGUCUGGGCACAGGGCAUCGGAAUGUCCCAAGAAGCAAGAUUACUAGUUUGCCCCUCGUUCUUGUUUAGAGCCCACACGUUCAUAGAUCCGUUUAAGCCCUCAGCUGCUGUGUGCUGGACUUGGGUAUUUUUUUUAAAAGAAAUGACAAUUGGCAUACGCGUUGGAUGUGACAGGGAAAGUGAAGGUAAGGUCUUUAGAUAGCUUUAGGUAGCAGCAUCACCUGUUUUCCAAAUAUUUUGGCAGUAUUUAUAAGGUCAUGUUCUGUUGAAGUCAGUUAUAACUUAUUAUGUGGAUUUCUAUUUCUUGUAGUUUGUCAUGGAACUAUAUGUUAUA